UUAUGUGUUAGCCACAAAAUUUUAUUUUAUGUACCUGUUUCAUGUUAAGAACCGGAAGUGUGAAAAUGCAUCAUCCCAUUGGAUGUACUUUUCUACACUUAUGCGAACAUUUCACAAUACGAGCUUAUGAUUGUAGUGGAUAUUCGUAUGAAAGGGAUAAUUUGUCCGUAUUUAGCGUAUUGUUCUUCAGCGUUAAUCAUUGUUUUCUUAAAACGGCCAUAAAAGAAAAAAGAACGGAAAAAAACACUAAGUUUUCCGUUAAAUUUUCUUUUCAUGGAUACGUUGCGGAUUUUGUAUACGAGAAAUCCCAAUUUCGAAUAUGCAAAAGGCGAGAGUGCCACUUAGUCAUAAUCAUUUCAGUAUCCAAUCUUUUCUCCUGCUUGUAGUGGUUACCUUUCAUUGUGUCAACUCAGACGGGGAAGUAGACCAAAAAGAAAUAUGAAAAU